UGGCCUAUUUGGAAAGUCCUCUCUCCAUUUCUAUAUAUAUCUCUAGCUGUGACCCCUCACCACAUAUACAGACAAAGUUGAUGCAGUUGAAUGAAUCUGAUUCAUUUGCUAGACUUGAACAAAAGUGGUUCUCUCUUUGAGUAAAGUGGUGAGAGAGUUCAGGUCAAGAGAGAGAGAGUGUGAGGGAGAGAUUAUAUCAUGGGAAGAGGAAGAGCACCAUGUUGUGAUAAGAGUCAAGUGAAGAGGGGUCCUUGGAGCCCUGCUGAGGACUUGAGGCUCAUCACUUUCAUUCAGAAGCAUGGCCAUGAUAACUGGAGGGCCCUUCCUAAACUUGCAGGAUUGUUGCGAUGCGGAAAAAGUUGCCGUUUGAGAUGGAUUAAUUACCUCCGGCCAGAUGUGAAGCGAGGGAACUUUACAAAAGAGGAAGAGGAGUCCAUAGUGAAAUUACACAAAGCUUGGGGGAACAAGUGGUCCAAAAUUGCAUCUCAUUUACCGGGAAGAACGGAUAAUGAGAUUAAAAAUGUGUGGAACACUCAUUUGAAGAAAAAAUUGACUAUGAAAGAUGGUAAUGUUCAUGGAGAUGAGUUAUCAUCCAUAACCUCCUCAUCCUCAUCUUCAUCUAGUUCGUUUACAUCGCGCAAGAAACAAAACAUAGGUGGUGGAAUUGAGCAUCAAUCUGAGCAAGUCCCUAUGGACAAGAAACCUCAUGAAGAAUGCAACUUGACACAUGAUUUUGAGAAAAUUCAAGGUUCACAAAAAGAAGACACCGAUCAAUUUAGCCUUGGCAAGGACCUUAUAGACCAAUCAAGUUCUUCUUAUUCAUCUUAUGAUUCAAACGUUUCAAAUUCUAGUCCGGUUGAUGCGUUAAGGCCCGAAGAGCAAAUGGUUUCGCUGUUCGAUUAUGGAGAACCUUUUGAUGUUAGCAACAUAUUACAGGAGGUGAACAAACCAGAUGUGGAUAGUGUGAAUGAAAUCCCAUUUGAGGCUGAUGUGGACUUUUGGAACAUGUUAGAUAAUUUAGAUUCUGUCAUGUCUAAUGAAGUCCAACAUAGUGAGGUGAAUGCUUGCCAAAGCUCCAACUUUGAGGAGGAAGGUAGCAAAAAAGUUGAUGAGAACAAGAAGUGGUUGCGUUACUUAGAAAAUGAACUUGGAUUAGAUGCAAUGGAGGAGGAGAACAAGGAUAUUUCAACAAAGGAUGCAGCUCAGCCACUAGUCCCAGAAAAUGUUUUAGUUUCAGAUAUUUUCAAGCCAGAAACCAAUCCAGAUAUGGGUUAUUUUGAAACGUGGCCCUCUUUGCCUCACAAUUCUUCUGCUUUUUGAAUAGGCCAGUAAAGUUGUGGUUCUAAGAGUAUGUCAAAAUUGACAACUAUAGUAGGAUUCCUAACUUUGUGAUUGUCCAUUAGGUCCUGAUAUAUUAUGAAUGUUAUUAACACAUUACACAGUUGUGUAGAAUGAACAAUAAGCAUGUAUUGUUUAUGAGUAAAGACUUGUCAUUAACCCGUUA